AUGUCUAAAAGUUCGACUCGGCGCAUUGGCAAGGAGCUGGCCGACAUUCAUGCCGACCCCCACUCCCAAAUCAGUGCAGAGCCCGUUGGCGGGCAGGAUGAUGUGACACACCUGCGAGGAUCCUUCCCAGGACCCCCAGACACUCCGUAUGAAGGCGGCACAUACAACAUCGACAUAAAAAUCCCCACCGACUACCCUUUUCGACCCCCUGUUAUGAAGUUUGAGACCAAAGUUUGGCAUCCGAAUGUCAGCAGUCAAACGGGUGCUAUCUGUCUUGAUACUCUAUCCACUGCCUGGUCUCCUGUUCUCACUAUCAAAUCUGCUUUGAUCUCUCUGCAAUCCUUGCUGAGCACUCCAGAGCCCAAAGAUCCUCAAGAUGCUGAGGUUGCCAAUAUGAUGCUGCAGAGCCCCAAGGUAUUUGAGCGUGUCGCACGCGAAUGGGCCAUCCUUUAUGCAGGUGCCCCUUCGAAUGGCACAGAUGCCAGUCGAGAGGGAAUUGAAGAGGCGCCCGUCACAAUUGAAGAUGAUCCACUAGCCCAAUAUAAUGGGUAUGACAAGUCGCUUGUUGACAACUUUGGCGCGAUGGGAUUCCAAGUGCCCAACAUUGUGCAUGUUUUCGGAGAGCUUGGAAUUUACCAAGACAGUCACCAGCUAGACGAUCACCAGGUCGAUGAGGUUUGUGCAUGGCUGCUUUCAGGGUCAGAUAUUGUCUACAGACUCACUGGCACUCGCCUACCCCGCGGCGCAAAACAGGGCUUUCCUUUGAACGCCAACAUGAUCGAAGACGAUAUCUAUCGCACCUCCUCCCAAUUCCGACUAUGGACUUACACUGAGGAGUCACUACAGUCCCUCCGAACGGCCACAAACAAUGUGGCUAGUGAGCGAGUACGCGCCGCGCUUCGCCGGGCUCGCGAACGCCAUGCAUCCGCCACACAUUCUACAACAGGGACACCACAGCCAGGAAGCGAUGGAGAAGACAAAGACAUUGAAUGCUUGACACCAGAGGAGGAGCUUGUGCUGGUACGAUACUACUGCGAAAAGACAGUGGAGUUGGGAGAGACAUACAGGCCACCACUCCCUACGGCAGUCCGAGCCACUGCAAUUCAAUACCUCCGACGGUUCUAUCUCACAAACUCUCCGAUGACCUACCACCCGAAAUCUAUCAUGGCCUGCGCUCUCUUCCUCGCAACCAAGACAGACAACUACUACAUGUCGCUCCGCCAGUUCGCCGACGGCAUCCCGGGCGACACCAAAGCCGACGAUGUCAUCGCGCCCGAGUUCCUGCUCAUGCAAGGCCUUCGCUUCACGUUCGACGUCCGCCACCCCUUCCGCGGCCUCGAAGGCGGCGCCAUGGAGCUCUCAGCCAUCGCCCAAGGCCAGGGCAAACCAGCCCCUCACCAACUACACCAGACAUCCGAAAGCCUGAAACAAAGCCUGCUAUCCAUCGCAUCCCCACCCUUCCCCUCAAGCUCGAUCUUAGACCGCAUCGGCCGCGCGCACGGCGCAACGCGCGAGCUGCUCAAGUCCGCCGCGCAAAUGACAGAUGCGUACUUCCUCUACACACCCUCGCAGAUCUGGCUGGCAGCCUUCCUCGUGGCUGACCGGCCGUUGGCGGAAUUCUACCUUGAUACCAAACUCGGUGGCCCCAUUGACCCGGCGGCCAUGGAUACAGAUGACUCUAACCUCCAGAACCCGCUGUACGACCUCCGCACGAAGCUGCUUAAAGUCCUGACGGACUGCGGCGCCCUUCUCCAGUCAUAUACGCCCUUAUCAUCGGACCCGGAUCAGAUGAAAAGUCUCAAACGCAUAGCGAAGAAGCUGUAUCAUUGCCAGAAUCCUGAAAAGGUCAAUCUGAAGCGUGACUUUACUGCACCGCGGUCUACCCCUGCGGCCGAUUCGGGGACGACCACCUCUGAAAGUGCGACGGAGCGGUUAGCGAAGAAGCGCAGGCUCGAGAUGGAGCAGAAGCAGCGUGGGGCGCAGGAUAUGUUCGGGCCGGAGCUGGUACCUGAUCGGACGAAGCAUUGA